UCUGUUCUAUCCUUCUUGGGGAUAUGAGUGAUUGCAAAAAGUAACUUAUACUUCACGAAAGUGAAGAUAAUAGAAAAAUAAAACCGAGGACGUUGUUAUUGCCAUUGUCAGUUCUCAUUGCCCACUACCGUUUCAAUUAAAUUUCAGCAGCAAUCCCAUAUUUGCUAUUCUCUUUACUCAUUGAAACCACAGAGUAUUAAUAAAUGAUCAACGCUCUAAAUAUAUGUAUGUAUAUCAAAAUCGUUGCUGUACUCCAACAAAAGCAGUCGAGAAGAACAGAGAGAAACAAAAAAAACAGGGAAAAAGUAAAAACAAAUGCUUCGAACUCUUCGUUCUUCGGAGCUAAAUAUUUUAUAAAUGUCAUUUAAAAGUUAGUGCGAGGGGUUGAGAUCCACUUUAAAUGUCAAUGUAGAAAAAGUCAUUAAAAUAAUAAUAUCAAAUGUUUAAUUAUUUUAAUACUUAAAAAUUAUUGUCCAGGAAUAAAAGUAAAUUAUUUCAAAAGUACAUGUCUGUGUAAAAAAAACUGUUUAAUAUAUUAACUGUUCAAAAUAAUGCCAAGCGUUUUGGCGCUGCUUAAAAACGCAAAUACAAAUAAAAAAGCAAUGUAAAUAAAUUAAUACGGAAUGCGUUUCCACUUCACCCCCAUCCUCAUCAUUAUUCUGCAACAAAUAAAUCGAUUUUUUACUCAAAGCAUACCCAUCAGCCCGUGUCCGAAAAUCUUCCAAUAUCGCUUCGAUGGUACGGAGUGGUUUGGCAUUCUCUCUGCGCGUAAUACCGACUUCGCGGAAGCUCUGCAAAUUAAAGUGACACUCUCCAUGCGUGGAAAACCAACGACGAGUUACCUAGGCGAAAUUGAAUUGCUUUCGCGCGGCCAAUUCCACAGCAAUGCCCCAGUCCUAUAUAAAAUCAAAUUUCCCAAAACACAUUUUCCACCGAAGUUGCUGCACGUAACUGCAAACAACCAUGCCAUUUGUGUAGGUCAAUCAGAUCUUAGUAUAUUCGUCACACAGAUUCAGCUGGAGCACACAAGAAAAUUUACGUUCAUCAGCAAUGAUGAGCCGUCAGACACACUGCCGGAACACGCACAAUUCUCUGCUACUCUGAUGGAGGAUGAAGAGGACGACGAUGAUGACAUUGCCUUCUUGUCAACCGAUACGAAAUUUAGUGCGGAACAAUUGCCAAUCACACAUGGAGAAAUUGAGCUGAAACACAUUACGCUAAACAGCAUCUGCGGAAAAACCAAACUACACUUACAUUCUCGAGCAUCCACGUCUUUUCUGCCUGCACUUACCGCAAAAGCUGACAAUGCUAAGACUCUAACCCCCACCGCAAAUGCGCAGCGAUCCUACCAAAAAUCCGGUAGAUAUGCAGCAGGUACUCAAGCCGCUACAGCGAGUAGUCACAAUGACAGGUCCAGCACCCCACUAGUAAUAUCCAGUGACGAAACUCCUACUCUACUAUCUAACAUGCCCAUUCGCAUUGUAAGUGGCACUGAAUUUGGCGACUUCAACGCUUCGUCGUCGCCAUUAUUGACGCGCGGAGCAUGGCCGUGGCUGGCCGCAAUUUACGUGAAUAAUUUGACAUCGCUUUCUUAUCAGUGCGCUGGCACUUUGGUGUCCGCGCAUGUGGUUGUAAGUUCAGCGCAUUGUUUCCACUUCCAAAGGCAACAUCACAAGGCCAGUGAAGUGUUAGUAUUUCUAGGUAGACAUAAUUUACGAAACUGGAAUGAGGAACACUCCAUCGCUGCACCGGUAAGUGAGAUUUUCCUACAUCCGGAAUAUGAUGCCACAUUGGGAACAUAUGAUGCGGACAUAGCGGUAUUGGUGUUGCAGAUUCAAGUUCGGUUCAACACUUAUAUUCUUCCUGCUUGCCUAUGGAGCGGUGACAGUCAACUUGAGAAUAUGGUUGGGGAGCGUGGCUUUGUUGUAGGUUGGGGCUUUUCGCACAUCCACGGAGGUGCUCCAUUGAUUGAUGAUAAGCCCACAAAAGCCGCAGUUCCACACGUCACUGAAUCACCAAUUGUUUCAAACGAAGUAUGUUUUGCGUCAAAUCCAAGAAUACGCAGCCUCAGUUCUAAUCGAACUUUCUGCGCAGGUUUGCAAACAGCUUCACCUGUAACUCGAAGUGCUGUCGGGCCUUGUGCCGGCGAUUCAGGUGCCGGGCUAUUGUUGCAAAGGAACAACCGUUGGAUAUUACGUGGCACAGUUUCGGCCGCUCUACCCGUGCAGCACAACAAAUGCAUCGGCAAUCAAUAUGUCAUACAUGCGGAUGUGGCAAAAUAUUUAGAUUGGAUCAUGGCAUUUACUCUUUAACAACUGGCAAGGGUUUGCAACGAUUUGCGAGUUCAAACGUAAAAUUUGAGGAUCAUUAAUUUAAGUAUAGUAUUAACAAGUUUCAAUAAACAAAUUUGAGAUUUUAUAAUAAUUCCCGAAUAAAUAUUUUACAUUUUA